AUGCAGCCGAUGGUCCUCUCUCUCGCCCUCACCGUCAUCCUCUCGGCCUUGUUCUCUCUCGCCGCCGCCAUCCCGGUUCCGGAGGUUCAAUACCUGACGUUCGUUCUGUUCAUGAUCAUGCGAUCCUUCCUGUUCGGGGGGCUCACCGCGUUCAUCGCCAUUACGUUCCCUCCAUGCCACUUUGGGAAACUCUACGGGACAACACGGGCGGUGGCGGCCAUCGUUUCCCUGCUGCAAUAUCCUCUCUUCAUCAUCGUUAAUGGUCCCUUGCAGGACGAUCCAUUGUACAUGAACAUCGCAUUUAUCGUUCUGGUAUCCCUGGCCUUUGUCCACCCAAUCAACGUCUACAUCUACUGCCAGCGGGCCAAGCAGCAGAGGGGAGUGUCAAACCGGGGAUAGGGCGAGAGAGAAAGUGAGAUAUCGAGGAAGAUGGGAAAGACUGGGUCGGGAGUUGCGGGAGCGAUUCAGUGGGAAUAUUUUGCAACCAAAAGACCCUGGAAUCUUGAAGAAACACAAAAUGCGAAACAACUCAGCGGGUCAGGCGGCAUCGGUGGAGGGAAUGGAUUGGCGAAUUUUCGGGGACCAGAAAUGCUGCAAGAAAACGCUUGCGAACUAUAGAUCUAUCAUCUCUGGUGGGUACAUUAUUGGAGAGGAUUCUGUGCGGAAAGAUAUACCGUGCAUUCAGAAAAUUUUCAGACCCCUUCACUUUUUCCACAUUUUGUUACGUUACAACCUUAUUUGUAAAUUGAUUAAAUUCAUUUUUUUUAAAUCAUUA